AUGAAUUUCAUACAUUUUUCUAUCUUAUUAAUAUGUAUUAUUAAUUAUUCUUCUGCUGGUCCACUUGAAGAUCUAGCUAGUAUGCCUGAUUUAACAUUAUUUUAUCAACAAUUAAUACGUCAACAAGAUAUUCAAAUGAUAUUACAAGGUAUUUAUCCUCAACAACAACCAGGUAGUAUGAAUGAUUUUACAAUAUUUGCACCAAAUAAUGAUGCUAUGUUACAACUUAAUCGAAAGAAUGAAGAUCUAAAUUUACUUUGGAAAUAUCAUAUUGUAUCUGGAGCUUAUGAUGAACAAAUGUUAUAUAAUAUGGCACAAACAAAAUUUCAUCAAGUUAAUCCAACACAAAUGGCUGGUAUACGAAUACAAAAUAGUUUACCAACUAUAGCAUUACCUUUCCAAGUUUUUUAUGGCGUUGGAUUUUAUGGUGGAACAGGUCCACAUACAAAUGAUACCCAUGAAAAUGCAGGUUAUGGUACAGGUGGAAUAUCUUGGUUAACACACACAUCAUUUAAUCAAACAAAUUUAUUUGAAAAUAAUGUUCCACUUAAAUCACCACAUAAUAUAAACAAUAAUAAUUAUAAUCAAAAACAAAAUUAUUUUCCUAAUCAAGGAAGUUUAUUACCGAAUAAUCCAAAUGUUAAUUCACCAUAUUUACCAAAUCCUAAUAUACCAAAUAUGAAUUACAUUCCAUAUAUCCCACAACCAAAUUUUGGACCGAUGGGACCUAGUGGAAGUAUUAGAGUAUUACGUGUUACUAUUAACAAUGCAUUUAUAUUACAAUCACGUCGAAUGAGUCGUGGUAUAAUUCAUAUAAUUGAUGAUAUUUUAUGGCCACCUGAAAGACGUGAUCAAACACAAUAUAAAACAGCAUAUGAUACACUUGAAGAUAGACAAUUUUCACGUCUUCGACAAUUAGCUGAACGUAGUGAUUUUUUUCGAUCUGAAUUACGUUCAAUGCAUCAUCAAACAUGGUUUUUACCAAAUGAUCAAGCAUUUGCUAGUAUGGGUUCAAGUUUCAGUUUUUUAUUUGAACAAUUUAGUACAAAUAAUACUAAUGAUGUAAAUGAAUUUAUUAAAUCACACAUUAUUCCAUUAGUGUUAUUUCCAAGUGCAAUGGAUUCAACUAAACAUAUAACAACAUUAAAUGAACAUAAAUGGGUUACAUUUCGUAAAGUAUCACAACCGGAUCAAUCAUUUCAAGUUGAUGUUAUUUCUGGUCGACAUGCAGGACGUAUUUUAAUUUCUCGUACAGAAGAUAUUCGAUUAUAUGGUAAUGGUAUUGUCUAUCCAAUAUCAACAAUUCUUAGUAUACAAACUCGAUCAGCUGCAGAUGAACUAUCACGAAAUUAUCAAUAUUUUUUGAAUCUUGUUCAACGAUCAGGCGAUAUGGAAUUAAUGAGUUUAUUACAAGGUAUACCAAAUAUGAAUAUAUAUAAUCCACAAAAUUUAUUUAAUAUAACCGUACUUAUACCACAACAAAUGUCUAUUCUACAAUUGGGACAAUCACAAGAGCUUAGUAUGCAUUUACGUCGACAUAUUUUACAACUUCCAGUUUACGCAGAUGAAUCAAUGCUUGCACCAAUAAUGCCAAAUUCAUUUGCUCAACAAAAUAUCUAUCAAACUGGAAUACAACAACAAGAACAGCCACUAAUACCUCAACCACAGCAACCAAGAAUUCCUCAACAACAACCACCAUUCAUUCCUCAACAACAACAACCAUUCAUUCCUCAACAGCAGCAACCAUUUAUUCAAAAUGGUUUUAACCAACAAAAACUUCAAAUACCACAAUUUCAACGAACUGGUUUUCAAUCAGACAAAAAAGAAUCACGACAUCGUAGGCAAAUAAAUAUUCCAUCAAAUAUAAAUUUUCAAUCACAACAAUUGCCUAAUCAGCAGAUAUUACCUAUUCAACAACAACAAUUAAAUCCAAAUUUGUAUCAAAUGCCUUCAUAUCAAUCUUCAAUAAUCUUUCAAAAUGGUCAAACCUAUCCAACAAUGGAUCCACAAUUUUCUGUUCAAGCACAAGUAUCUACUGGUUCACAAGGAAAUAUUGUAACACUUAUCAGUCGAUCAAUGAAUUCUUUACCAUUUACAGCAACAAUUAUUAAUAGCGAAUCAAAUAUUCCAAUAAAAAAUGGUGUUAUGCAUGUUAUUCGAGGCAUUGUAUCUGGAAUGAUUAUUCCACUUGAAGGAAUUCUUACAUCAUUACAAGGAGCAAGUUCAUUUACACAAUUACUUCAACAAACACGUGUUAUUGAACAAUUAAAACAAACAAAUCGUCCUUAUACAUUGUUUAUUCCAAUAAAUGCAGCAUUACAAUCUAUUGGUAUGACAACAAAUACGAAUCAAUUAAGACAUUUUGUUCUACGUCAUAUAUGUGCUGAUAUUCUUCUUGAUCCAACAAGUAAUCUCGUACGUCGUUCAGCUGGCUAUUAUAGUCGUGAUCAAAAUUUCAAAAAUAAACUAAAACAUCAACAACAACAACAACAACGUUCUCGUCAAAAACGACAAGAUUGGAUGAAUAAACGACGAAAUGACUCAAACGUUAUAAAUAGACAAGGUUUACAAUUACCAGAAUCUAUUCCAGGUUAUUUUCCACCACCACCACCACAACAACAAUUUUAUGGAGGUUAUCCACCUGUUCCACCACCAUUUAGUCCUAAUAAUCAAUUGUAUAAUCCAGGUUAUACUAUGAAUGGUUACGCAUCACCACCAAAUUCAGCUUAUUUUCCAGGUUAUAAUGGAACUUAUUCAAAUAAUCAAAAUGUUAAUUAUAAUAAUAAUAAUAUGGGAAUUGUAAAUCAACCAAUAUCGAAUACACCUUGGAAUGAAACAAAAUAUGUUCCUGUUAAUCCUGGACCAAACAAUGGAGCACAAAAUGAUUAUACAAAUGUAGGUGAAUCGACUUAUGCUACUGGACCACAAACUUGUAUUGCAAUGACCGGUGAACGUAUUACGGUUCAAUCAUUAGGUGGUCUUCAACCAGAAAUUAAUAUUCCAAGUAUGUCAUUUCAAAAUUUUAUUGUAACAUGUUGUGGUGAUCAAUCAGUUAAUGCAAUGGUACAAUCAUAUUAUGUUUAUCCACCAAAUAUUGCUGUUUAUUUAAUUGGUCGUUCAUUACUUUCUCAAGGUCAAACAAUCAAUACAUUGUAUAGUUCUACAACAAAACUUGUUCCUUCUUAUAUGAUUUUCCUUAUUAUUAUUUCAAUAACUUUUAAACAAACACAUUAA